CUUCUUGCUCUUCCAGCACACAGUUGGGCCAGCUUCAGCUCUUUGGACGUGGUGUUGUCGACCUUUCUCCCAUACCAAUUCCACUUGUGAAGCCCGGUCAUCAUGAACAAGGCAACGAGUGUUUAUGCUGCCUUUGCAGCUCUGCUGGCUGCUGUUGAUGCUCGCAACUUGCACCAGCCUAGAGCAACUGCUGCCUCUGGCUUCGACUUUGGUGGAUUCAGCCCAAAACCAACGAGCCCUCCCAGUUUCCCCUUCCACCAGGCUCUUCAGCGCCGAGCAGCUUCAUCAUCCACUCCUACCGUUGUCUACGUUGCCCCCGAUGCCACCUGUGGUUUUAUUUCCGGUCUUGCGGGUGCGGGAUACACUUGUGGUGUUGGCGCAACUUGUGUUUUCUUCACCGCGUCCCAAUCGUCCCAAGCCCCAGGACAUGUUGCCUGCUGCAACUCAAACGAAUGCAAUGCCAGAAACGUCUGUAUCGAUUACAAUGAGUAUUUCAGCCAGAGCAAAUGCGACAAUGGUUGUGCUGUUGAUACUUUCACUCUCAAAUGCACAAGCACAGACGCCCCUUACUGCAAUACGAUUUCCUUCCCAGGAGACAUCAUGGACGUCUUCUGUAAUAAUGUGAACAUCACCGGCAUCCAGGCCGCGUUGACGACAUACCGUGGCGAAUCCUCCAGGACGUUCCGCCCUCUCACGUUGACAGACAAUGAGGCUACUACUACCACUGAUGAUCCUACUUCGACUGGUCUCACCUCUUCUUCUAGCCCAUCAGCAUCUGGCACUGGUGGUGGUGGUAGCAGCGGCGACAACAACGGAAGCAGCGGUGACAACGACAAUGGUAGCAAAAACAGCGGUGGCUCCAAGAGCAACACUGGAGCUAUUGUUGGAGGAGUUGUCGGUGGUGUCGGUGGACUUGCUUUGAUCGGCCUUGCCGUCUUCUUCUUCCUCCGCCGUAGGAACUCAGCUGCCGCCGGACACGAGCCAGUGAGCCAGAACGCUCCUCCUCCUGUCAUUUAUCCGGCUCCCGGGAUGCAACAGAGCCCCCAGACCUACUAUAACCCCGAAUAUGCCGCGGCUACAGGACAACAGCCAUACCCCCCCAACCAGCAGUACGGCCAGCAAGGAUUCUAUCCCCCCCAGCCUUCGGUUUCUCCUGACCAGGCUACAUCGCCCAAUGGAUCGCACAUUGAUCCUCGAUACAGCAUUGCUCCGUCUAGCACCAGCCCGGCUCCAUCUGGUGGCUAUGUAGCUCCCGUGGCCGGAGGCUUCCAGCCCCAAGAAAACGUCAUUCACGAGGCCCCAGCGGCUGGUUCAGACAAUCAUCGCGGCCAAAUGCAUGAGCUUGCUUAGAUAGCAGGCAUCAUUAGGCAGCAUGGUUGAUGAAAGUAGCAUAUGAGACAAGAAGAAGCUGAAAAAAACUGAUGUGAACAUCAGCAAGCAGAACAUAUGAGCAAGCUGGCGUUUUUGGGAUUGGUUAUUUGCUUUUGCAUUAGUGCCGGAGUUGAUUUAGAAGCUAUUUUCGGUGCUUUUACUUUUCACCCUUCAGAUAUAUUAUACUUUGAUUGCAGGAAGGUAUUUGGUGGAUUUAAUGCUGUAUAAAGAGCUGGUUAUAUAUAAUUUACGGGCACUGAGGGAUGUGAUGCCUUGCUGUCAUUUCCGAUUA